CACGGUAUGAGAUGAUCAAAAACCAAAGGUCGUGGUUUUUUUAAACGACAAUUUUACAGUCGAUAAUGGAAUUUGGAGCUAUCCAACUUUCGUAUUAAAAAACUAGCUACUCACAAUGGCGAUUCUUGAUGGUUUAUCUAAAUGCAUUACGGCCGUCUCAUAUACACUGAUUUUGGUCGCUUCGGUGAUACUUAUAACUGUUGGAGGGAGCAUACUUGUAAUUGCUGCGCGUUACAAACACGCUGUGACUGUAACAAACUUACAAUUUCCUGGUUAUAUUGUGCUUGGCACAGGUUUAUUGCUUCUGUGUGCUGGAGUGAUUGGUUUCAUAGCCUGCAUCAAACAUAAUCGCUGUCUACUUGUGUUGUUGUACGCAUUGUUGCUCACUAUUUUACUAUGUAAAAUGGCUGUUAUCAUCGUUUCUAUAUUUUACUGGCCAAAAGUUAGAGAACAAAUAAGUGAAGUUCUUCAUGAAGAUCUGAGGAUGUAUAAUAAAGUUGCUGAAGUUCGACAGAUUGUCGAUUUAAUCCAGUCAAACUUUGAGUGUUGCGGAGUGGAAAAUCAGUCAGAUUGGAAAUUUUACAAUGAUAGCAGUUAUCCUCAAAGUUGUUGUAAAAAUCGUCAGUUAGAAGAAUCGUUUAGCAAUAAAGAGUGCAUCUACCAUCAGUAUGGCUGCCUCAGUUUCUUGGAACGUGAAGUUAAAAGAUAUUUGGGUUAUGUCAUUGGAUCUGCAUGUACCUUUUUCUUGUUGCAGAUUAACUUAUCAAACAAAACGAAAUAAUUUUUUAAACUCUUUCUUAUCAAUAAAAAUGAAGGGAUGAAUUAAGCUAUGACUGUUUAUUAUUUUAUUUCCGAGACAACUUUUAAUGAUGACAAAUUCUUAUUAUUAAGGAUGGAAGAAAUUCAUGAUGGGGAAAUUUGUAAUCAGGAGUCAACUGAUUAUCGAUUCUUGAGUCAUUUAUAUUGUAAAUUGCAUAAGCUUCUACCUAUAUAUACAAGAAAAAUUUCAACUUCUGAAAUACAUAUUAGAUGGAAGCUAGUGUACAGAAAAUUCUGUAAGUCAUUCAUUAAUAUCUCAAUCUAAAUAGGAAACAAUUAAAAGAUCUCAAUGAAUGGGUGCAGAGUAUGAAUACAUUGGUAGCUACAUAAGUUUCCAUGUUUAAAUAAUGAAAACACAAAGAAGAGUAGUGUAUUCUUAAAAGGUUGAUUAGUAAUUUAGGAUUUGCUUUGUAAUGCAACUAUGUGAAUGUGAGAUUUAAGUCGUAAAUGUGAGUUUAUAGUGAUGCAAGUGGAUAACAAAUUAUUCAGGCUUGUUAACUAGGAAAAUGGAAAGGUAACUUUCUAAAUGCUUUAAAAUUAAAAGUAAUCUACAAUAUCCACGCUUAAGUGUCUCUCUGAGUAACCAUUUAUCUUAAUAUUCUUCGUAUAGAUCCGAUAGUUAUUUACAACAAUAAAUAUAAAACAUUAUGCGAUUCCGCACUAUAACAUUAAAGAGUAUAUACAAUUAAGAUAAAAUUUAUCUGAAGGUUUUAUUGUAUUUGCCGAAGCAUAAAUAACACCAGUGUAUGAAUAUGUGUUGAAAACUAUACACAGAUUUAAACAUAUUCUACUCUUAAGAGCUAUCCAGGUUAUUUGUAACACUUAUGUUUGGACUUCGUACAAGGUUUAAUUUACAAACAUUUUAACUAUACAUGAUUAAGUGGUCGUGUUAAAUAAAUUCCAUAUUUCUCACUACACACCAGUUUGUUAAGUGAACGCUCUGAUAUACUUUGUAUAAACAAUAACACAAUAAAAUGAGUAAAAUUUAAUAUCAAUAUGAAGAUCAAUUAAGAAAAUUUCUCAAGAACCGGAACAUUUUUAAGUGACUCAAACCAAUUGAUUGUUCAAUGUCGAUCGUUAUAAUAAACAAGAGUGAAUAUUUUUAGUAACAUUUAGGUCUAGUCUACAAUCGAUAUUCGUGUAAACCUAUACUGUACUAGAAAGAUGCUGAUAAUCCUCUAGUAUCGAUUUGUAACAUUAUCAAUAGAAGCUUGCAUAAGUACAAUACAAGUUUGGUGAAAUUUAUCUACAAAUGAAUAGAAUGAAUUUGUCUUAUUAUAAGUAUUU